AACUGGAAUUUUUAAUCAAGUUAGUAGUGUUGUACGCGCGAAAACAUUAUACAAAUUUUUAUAAUUCAAUUAUCAAAAACUCGCGAUCAAUAGAGAAUCACAAAUUUUUAAUUCAAAUGUCUGUUUCAUAAUGAAAUAAAAACAAAAAGUAUUUCUAAAACACAAUAAUUAAUAAAUAAUCAAAAAUAUAAAGAUAUUGAAUAAAGUAGCGCGUUGAAAUGAUAAUUCAAAUAAAAGUGAAAUAAAAAAUUAAUAAGAGUCGAGUGUGUAAUUGAGUGUAAUAAAUUGCACAGUAUAUAUUCAAACGGUAAAAAGAAAAAUAGAGAAAAUAGGAAAAGGACUUUACAAUACUAUAUAAGAACAGUGCGCAAAAUUUAUUCUACUAAUAACUAAAAUGAAUUGUAUUAGAGUUGUUUCCUCUUAGACGUUUAAAGUCCGAAUGACUGUAAUCAAUAAACUGUAAGGAUUUGCUUGGUUUAAAAGCUCUUCACGCACGCAACACUUAAAUGAAAAGUUCAUCAAUAUUUCACUUUAUUCUUCGGAUAGUGUACAUCAGUCGAGUCAAUUAUAAAGAAACGGUAGCAUUUAAUUAUUACUAGUGCCUUUUAAUUGAGGGUUUGUCGAAGAAAACUUUGAGAGGGUUUGCGAAAAAUAUUGAGCGAAAUCCUUUUAUUAGAAAUGAAUUAAUAAGAGCUUCUGUUACUGCUGGUUUCUUUUAUUCCAUGUUCAGUCAGUCUAGUUAUUCUUAGAACCAUGAACUUCUUUGAUAGAACAGAUUAUAGGAUAAACAAAUUUUUCAUGUCAGCAAUUGGACUGUGGCCAUAUCAGUCUAAGGGACAAAGAAUUUUUAUUUCUUCUUUUUGUACUUUUAUGAACGUAACUAUGGUUCUUACAAUGAUUUCUGGGGCAAUAACGUGUGAUGGCCUCGAGGACUCCAUUAAAUUAGUCGCACCCGUUCUGACAGGAAUAUCGUGCGGUGCUAGAUUUUUUAAUUGCUUAUUUAACUCAAAGCGGAUAAAGUGUCUUUUGGAUCAAAUACAAUCAGACUGGUCAUUAAUAUCAGCCGAAGAAUUCUGCAUAUUAAAACAAUUUUCCAAAAGAGGGAGAUUUUUAACAUUACUAUAUGAAGUGUACAUGUAUGGAAACUUGGCUGUAUAUUCUGUGAAUGGAGUUGCUCCAAUUAUUUUAAACAUUAUUUAUCCCUUAAAUGAAACAAGACAUGUAAUUCGAACUUACAAAUCAAAGUACUUUGUUGCCGAAGAGAAAUAUUAUUUUCAAAUAUUACUACACGAAUAUGUUACAACAUUUAUAAACAUUACUACAAUUUUAACAGUAGAUACUACAUAUGCAGUCCUCACUGAACACGUUUGUGGAAUGUUUGAAAUUCUAAGAUAUCGGCUCAAGAAUAUAACGCGCAAUAAUGAAAGUAGUUCUAAAGUGAUGAACAGAUUUUGUAUAGCAGAAAGUGAUAGAAUUCUUAAUAAGACAAUAAAUUGCAUUUCUCUUCACCAACGGAACAUUGAAUAUGCAAACACUCUUAAUAGUGCCUUUUCAAUUGGUCUAUUUUUGCAAACAUCAGUGUGCGUAGUGUCGCUAAGCAUGACAGGCUAUUUGGUAACAGCUCCCAAUUUUAUUAAAAGUAGCUUUCAUUUUUUUAUUUGAUUUUUUUAUGCAUGGAUGGAGUGUUACAAUAGAAAUUCCAAAAAUAAAUUGAU